CUUCUACGUUUCUAGUGCCAAAUAAUAUGAGUCUGCGAAGUGAGCUUUGGCCUUGGACUGACGGCCGCCGCAAGCCUAACAAAAUCUUGUUUACAAUUUUUAUUUUAAAACUUGAAGUAUAAGGUUACUAUAUUUUAAAAAUUGUUACUGCUAUAUUAAAAAAUAUACUUACACAUUUUGUGAAAUGGGAGUUCAUUGCGCGUACGGCACAUGCAACAGUGACUCUAGAUACAAGGAUCGCCCACACAUGCAGGGUGUUAAAUUUUAUUCAUUUCCUAAUCCUCAAAAAGAUUUAGAGAAAUGUAAAAGAUGGGUUGACGCUUGUAGCAGAGAAGGAUUUUUUGUCCACAGUCUAUCUAAACACAUGUUUAUAUGCAGUAAACAUUUUGUUGGUGGAAAAGGUCCUACAGAAAAGUUUCCAGAUCCUAUACCUACUAAUUUCACUGAUACACAGGUAGAGUGUAGGCAGUUUUAUUUCAUUUCAACAUAUUUUUCUCAGAGGAUAUUGUUUGUUUUAUAGGCCUAUAUAUAUAUUAAUGAUAUAUAUAUAUUUAAAUAUAUAUAUUAUGUAAUUUGGUCUACAACUUAACUAGUAGACUAUGACUAUGCUACGACUAUGAUCCAAAGAAAUGGAAAUGCUUUUUGAUUGCAUUGUAAUUGUACAUUUUCAGCAGAUAAAUAAAACAAUUUGAACACAAGACAUCCACAUUAAAUUCAUUAAAUUAUUUCACUAGUGAACAAAAAAACAAAUAGUCCUACUAAUACUAAUACAAAUAUAUUUCAAAUAUUAUUUACAUGUUUAGCAAAGAAAAAUAAUAUUAAUAUUCAGGUUAAAUCUAUAAAGGCCCUAAUCCUACAUCUAAAAUGAGGCCUGAAUUAAUUUGACAACAGAAAUAGCAAUAGAUUAUAUAAAUUUAACUAUACUUUGUUAAUAAAAUAGAUAAAGUGUAUACUGAUGCAGUUAUCAUACAAAUUAUUAUUUUUUAUUCAUUGAUUAAAGUUAAAGCCAUCCAUAAUUCUAUAUUUCUUGUUACAAUUGAUGUAUUUAUUAUUUCAUUUUCAUUUAUGAGGCAUGAGGGUUUAAAAGUCCUUUAUUCCUGAUAUGAUAAAAAGGGAAGUGGCAGCCAAAAAGUUAUAGUAGGGCUUGUCACUGCUUUGCUAAGACCGAGCAAGGUUCAAAUUCCAGUGAAGACUGCUUUAUGUAGUGCGUUGUCCCAUUCAAGUUAUAUAGCACCCUUAAAAACGUGGUGAUUCAGUGUACGGCUUACUGGCUGUGACUAAAAUAAGUUAAUUUAGAUUAAUAAAUUAAUUUUCAUAAUUAAGUCCCUUUUUGUAUAUCUGCAGUUGAAAAAAUUUUCUAAACACAGAAAGCAACCCCUGGUGAGACCAACAUUACAACUUCCAGUGGCAACCACAAGUCAGUGCUUGGAUGAGGAAAAUUCAUUUGUAAAUACUGGCAGUGUAUCUGUACAAGGCACCUUGGAUAACCGUAAGACAGGUAGGCCUCAUCUCAGAAAAGGUUUUUUGCGGAAUGAAUGGAUGAAAUUAUUUUUGUAUUAUGCCCGGACAACCUUAUAUUGUAAAGGGUCAUUUUACCUGAACACAAAAUAUAAAUUGUUUACCAAAUUAUUUUAUUAGUCCGUAAUUGUCAUUAGAUAAUGAUGUAAAAUCUAAAACAGGUAAGAUUGUGUUCAAGCAUAGUAAAUUCAAUACCAAGGAAAUAGCGUAUUUUAUUUAUUGUUUUUUUUUUUUUUUACAGAAUCUGCUUAUGUAAUCUAUGGGCCUAGGGCAUUUAUUUAUUAUUCAAAUACUGAUUUUGUGUAGCCGAACUAAAGAAUAAACAAUCAGUUCUAGCUCUGAAGAGUACAGACAGUAUUUUAAUCAGUGGUCAUAAGAUGUUAUAGAUUACUGUUUUUACAGAUUUGGUGUGCAGAUUAUUAAUCAAUAAGUUAUUUAAAAUUUAAAAGUUUACAUUACAAUCUGUGUAAUUGUAAAGAAAAAUACUGUAAUUACAUUAAAAAAUUUAUACUAGGAAUAUAGAUUUCAUUUUGUUGACAUAUUUACUACUAUGGAGACUGAUGUAUACGAGAAAAUUCAGAAAGUAUAUUGAGGAGCCAAUAUAUUUUAUUUAAUUAACACAGUUGUGUUACACAAUAUAGAUUUAUACAUUUACAAAAUACAGUAAAGGAUUUUAAUAUUAUUUUUAGGUUGUUUUUUUUUAUACUUACCUUAAUUUUGAUUUUUAUUAAUUUUUUUUUUCUAAAUGAUACUUUUCAAAUUUCAGAAAAAGUGGAAGAUUUCAAAGAGAGUUAUGGCUGUAUUAAAUAUGAAAAAAUGGAAGAUUUAAGCAAUGAACAUAACGAGAAAGAGAAAAGUUUCAUUACUAAUGUGGAUGAGCAAUUUGUAAAUGUACACAAAAUUCAA